CAUGUUUGGUUUGACUGUUAUUUAACUAACAGUGGGCCCCACUCUUUUUCUUCUUCCUCACUUCAACUUUCCAUCAUCCCAAGAUCUCUUUUCUCUCUCUCAUUUUGCAUUUCACUUCUCAUUUUCAGAGAUCCAAAUCUUACCAUUCUCAUGCAAAGUAACAGGAAUUACACAUGGGGAAAAAAGGGAGUUGGUUUUCUGCAGUGAAGAAAGUUUUCAGUCAUGAUUCCAGAAAAGACAAGAAAAGCCAGAAAUCAAAGAAAAAAAGUACUCAACCGGAGACAGAAGUGAAAUCAGAAGUAGUACAAGUUUCUGUUCCACAGAUAGAAGAUGUGAAAUUAAGUGAGUUAGAGAAUGAACAAAAUAAACAGGCUAUUUCUCUUGCUUUUGCCACUGCUGUUGCGGCGGGGGCGGCUGUUGCUGCUGCUCAGGCUGCUGCCGAGGUUGUUCGUCUCACGAGUAUGCCUCAUUACCCUGCAAAGAGUAUGGAAGAAUUGGCUGCUAUCAAGAUUCAGACCGCGUUCCGUGGAUAUUUGGCGAGAAGAGCUUUGCGCGCAUUGAGAGGUUUGGUGAGGUUGAAGACAAUGAUACAAGGACAAUCUGUUAAACGGCAAGCAGGCAGCACCUUAAGAUGUAUGCAAACUCUAGCAAGACUGCAGUCACAGGUUCGCGAAAGGCGAGUUCGAAUGUCCGAGGAGAAUCAGGCUCGUCAGCGCCAAUUACAACAGAAAUGUGAAAAAGAACUAGUAAAGUUGCAAACUUCUCAGGUUGGAGAAGAAUGGGAUGAUAGCUUGCAGUCAAAGGAACAAAUUGAUGCAAAAUUAUUGCAAAGACAAGAAGCUGCUUUCAAAAGAGAGAGGGCUUUGGCCUAUUCAUUUUCACAUCAGCAAACAUGGAAGAGCUCUUCAAAAUCUAUAAACCAAACAUUUAUGGAUCCAAACAAUCCCCACUGGGGAUGGAGUUGGUUAGAGAGAUGGAUGGCGACUCGACCAUGGGAAGUCGAAAGCGUCAUUAUGAAUCACAGACCUUCUCCGGUCGGCCAAAAAUUAAGAAGACAAAGCACUCAGAAUUCUCCUUCAACUUCAAAGACAAAGCCAUCAAGCUCAAAGGGUGAAACUAUUGAUGACUCAAGAAGUAUGUUUAGUGUUCAUUCCGAACGGUAUCGAAGAUAUAGCAGCAUUGCAGGAUCGUCGGUUAGAGAUGACACGAGCGUUGAAAGCUCGCCAGUGUUUCCAAGUUACAUGGCACUCACUAGUUCUGCAAAGGCAAAGUCCAAACUAAUGCAAAAAACAUCGCCAUCAGCAUCUUCGGUUUCUGCAAGGAAGAGGCUUUCUUUCCCUGCUUCUCCUGUUGGUUCGAGAAGGUACUCCGGUCCACCUAAGGUGGAAAUAUAAGCAAUGACAACUUUAGCAUCUUCGGAUUGAAGAUGUGUUUAGUGUCUACGACUGUCUAGGACUGACGUGUGAUUACAUUUAAUAAUUCUAUUUCCUCAAAUUAUCAUUAGUGUUAUUUGCCAGUUUUGUAUUUGGUGUCCGUGUCGUUGUGUAAAUUUGGUUAAUUUGUGCUUGGAUUGUUACACAUUGUCAUAAAUCAUGAAGAUGUGAAAUUAUUAACACCAUAAUUCAACAAUCAUUUUGCAUU